AUGGCGUCGUUCGACUCGUUUGAGGAGCAACCGCAUCAAUCGCCAACGGGACCCUUCGACGAUGAUGGAAGCUACACGGACCUGGGAAUGGGGUAUGAGACUCAGCCUCAGCAACAUUAUGAUUAUGGAUCCACCUUCAGUCAUUCCGACGAUGAUCAACACCCUCAGCUCAUCAUUGAUACAAACAACAACAACAACAAAGACAACAACCUUCAUUCACCCCAAGUUUAUGGCUUCGGCAUUUCCACCCCCAACCCUGACUACGUCACACCCUUCGAAUCCGCUCCCAUUGAUGACGCCACCUUCACCUCCGACGGCCCUAUCCUCCCCGACCCCACUCAAAUGCAAGAAGAAGGCUCUGCUAGACGUGAAUGGCGACGUAAAAAUGCCAUUCAUCUUGAGGAAAAGGAGAAAAGAGAGAAGGAGAUGCGGAAUCAAAUUAUUAAGGAGGCGGAAGAGUAUAAGGAAGCCUUCUACGAGAAAAGAAAGCUCAAUUGCGAGGCAAACAAAAAGACCAACAGGGACAGAGAAAAGCUAUACUUGGCUAACCAAGAGAAAUUUCACAAAGAAGCUUUCAAACAUUACUGGAAAGCAAUAGCAGAGAUCAUUCCUCGCGAGGUGCCUAAUAUCGAGAAGAGGAGAGGGAAGAAAGAAGUUGAGAAUAAGCCUUCCGUUAAUGUUAUUCAGGGUCCAAAGCCAGGGAAACCUACUGAUCUUGCUAGAAUGCGCCAAAUGAUUUUGAAGCUUAAACAGAACCCUCCAACUCAUAUGAUGCCUCCCCCACCCAAAGAAGAGAAAGAUGCAAAAGAAGGCAAAGAUGGAAAAGAUAGCAAAGAUGCAAAGGAGGGGAAGGAUAAUAAGGGUGGGAAUCGUUCUACACCAACUGCAGAUGCAAAUGCUAAUGCUACUGGAAAUAAACCUGCCUCUCCUACAGAAGAUGCUGCUUCUAAAGGUGACCCACAAGAUCCUGUUAUUGUUGAGGGUGAACAAGUGCCUAGUUCUGAACCAGCAGCUGCUCAGUGA